AUGACUAAGGCGGUCAAGUCUGAGUUCAUCACGAUUCUUAAGAAUACGAGUAGAGCUAUAAGCAAUGAGAGUUCCACUAGCAGUGACUCCUCGGAAUCCACACCAGUUGACGGAAGUGGGGUCAUUGCGGGAACAACAACCGAAACAAGUCACAAGCUCAUCGAACUGUUGAGCAGCAAAGACAAAGUCUACAGCGCUUUGGCGUCGAUUCAUGAACCUGGAAAAGAAUAUGAUAGUGUUAGUGGUGACACGAAGGAAUUGUGGGGUUUUGUUGUCCGUCGUGUACUAAAAAUGGUGCUUCCCAAGUCUGAGGUUGGUUCCAUUUACAGCGGAAAAACUCCGGUCACAAAAGAGCUUCUUAUGGAUAAGGUGGGGGUCUCUGACGAGGCUAUGGUGUGGACUAUCAUCAUGGCAAAGACCGAGGAAAUAUUGGAAGAGGCGAAAAUUGGAGAAUCAGGAAGCGCUAUUAGCAACAUGGCUAGUGAUUCCAUCGGAGGAGGAAGGAAAGGAAAUCGACGAGGUGGCCGGAAGCAACGCAAGCGUGAUAGUGAUGGUAAGAUUCUGGCUUCAAACAAGUUUGACGCAGAAGUCGGAAAUCAUCAGGCGGCAUAUGAACAGUUUUAUGGUCGUAUUACCAGAUCAAGAUCAAGCAAUGGUGGCUACAAUGAUGAUGGCAAUGGGUGGUAUGAUGCGGCUGUGGAAAAGUUGAAUGUGAUGCGAAAUGAGAAUCAAAGUGAUUCGUUACAGGGCACUGGCAAUACAGGAAUUUGUCCUGCCAUCCUAGCAGUAUUUACAAGCGCAGAUGGUGAUAAGGAGAAUCAAGUUGGUGCUGGUUUUUCUGAGUGUGCCAUUGCCAUGGACUUGAUCCAGCAACGCUGUGAAGUUUAACUAGAAAAUUGAUCCAGGUGGUACAUACAACAACAAAUCGUUAGAAAAAAUGUGUUACAAUGUGACUUAUUAGCUAUUAGAUAGACCCUUUGUA